ACAAACAAUGUUAAACUGUAGUGCCGCACUACAGGGGACUUCGCUAUCGAUUCGUUAUUUCGUCUCGCCGCGCUCCUCACUCUGUCUGCUCCUGAGCUCCAACUUCAGGGACAAAGCGACACGCCCACUGUCAUUAUCAUUGGCUUGGCGGGGAGGCUAAUUUGCAUAUUAGGAAACCGAUUGGCUGGUUUGACCUUCAGUUUGAAAAAAAGAAAAGAAAAAAGAAGCGAGCGCUCGUGGAGUCUGUGUCUGCAGCUGCUGAGUAAGUAAAUGGGUAGCGUGUGUGUGUGAGCGUGCGUUCGUGCGCGUGAGUGUGUGUGUGUGUGUGUGAGAGAGAGAGAGAGAGAGACAGAGGGAGAGAGAGAGAGAGAGAGCGUAUGUAUGUAUGUAUGCUCGCGAGAAUUAACAGAAAGGCAGCCGGUGUAAAGCAUGCAGAUGGGCUCGGUGUGCGAAAUGCGCCUGACGCGGAAACGCUGGACCGUGUGCACGAUCGGCCUGCUUCUCAUCUUCUACAAGACGAAAGAAAGAGCAAGAAGUAGCGAGCAUCAGGAAGUCUCAAGCAAGGGUGAGCUGAGUACUUUAAGACUAAUGGCCAAUAGCAGCGAGAAGGUCUUUCACAACAACCUCCCGGCGUGUUUGCAAGAAGGGUGGAAGGUCAAUGCUACUCUAGUUGGUCUAAUAAGAAAGGACAUCCUCCGCUUCUUGGACGCCGAAAGGGACGUGUCCGUGAUCAAGAGCAACUUUAAACCUGGUGAUACCAUCCACUACGUUCUAGAUCGACGCAGGACGCUGAAUGUCUCACACACUCUGCACAGCCUGCUUCCUGAGGUCUCACCUCUCAAGAACAAAAGGUUCAAGACGUGUGCAGUGGUGGGCAACUCGGGCGUCCUCCUCAAGAGCGGAUGUGGGAAGGAGAUCGACGUCCAUGAUUUUGUUAUACGAUGUAACCUCGCUCCUCUGGCCGAGUUCGCUGAGGAUGUGGGCUUAAGGUCAGACUUCACCACCAUGAACCCGUCUGUGAUUCAGCGCGUCUACGGCGGCCUAUUGAACGAGACCACGCGCGAGCGCUUUGUGCAGCGUUUGAGACUGUUGAACGACAGCGUUUUAUGGAUUCCAGCCUUCAUGGUAAAGGGAGGAGAGAAGCACGUCGAGGGCGUCAACGAGCUCAUCCUUAAGAAAAAGCUUCCGGUGCGCAUGGCCUACCCCUCCCUCCGUCUGGUUCAUGCAGUCAGAGGGUACUGGCUCACAAACAAGGUAAAUAUCAAGCGUCCCAGCACUGGAUUGCUGAUGUACACCAUGGCCACGCGCUUCUGCGAUGAGAUCCACUUGUACGGAUUUUGGCCGUUCCCAAAAGACAACAGCGGAAACCCAGUGAAGUAUCAUUACUACGACAUGCUCAAGUACCGAUACUUCUCCAACGCAGGUCCUCACCGGAUGCCACUCGAGUUCAAGACAUUAAAAAUGUUACACAGCAAGGGGGCACUAAAGCUGACAACAACUAAAUGUAGACCAGAUUGAUGGGUUCAACUUGUUAAUGUCACAUUUGAUGGAAAAACAUAGAUGGAGCAGUUGAGUGACAGAAACCCCCACUUGAAUCCUUUGAAGCUUCAUAAACUGAUCAUUCCUUCAGAUGGAUAUUUCAAAGGCAGUCUUUAGAGCGGAAUCAAAAAUGCUUCAAAGUGCUCUAUCAUGUUUCAGUAAUUCAAUUCCCCAAUUCACUGGUGAACUCUAAAGAGCUAUUGAGCCUCAGAUACCUUGCAAUAGUUCGACUGGUGAGUUAAACGUCAUCGGUUGUUUUUACACAUGAAUAAUGUAUGGUUGUUCUCAGUGACUUCAUCUAAAUUGAGUAGCAUUGUUACCGCAGGAAAGUUACUGUAACGUCUUAUCGGUCCCAAAGAUCUUAAUGUUCCUUGAGAGAUUGUAAUGUUUUGUUUUUCCUUUCAGUGCUGUAAUUUUUAGGAGCUAGAGGCCUUUUGUGCAAAUUAGUGCGAACUAUUUUUAUAUGAAUGUAGGUCAUACAGUGCUUACAUAUUCAAUUUGCUGUGUUCAAGAUGUCACUAAUUUUUUAAAGCCAUUUUAAGCCUCGAUGAUGUAAUAUACUGUAAGUCUGAAUGGUAGGACUACUCGUGUAGGUUGUUACAUAAAAGGGUAGGCUGGUGAAUGUGUUCUUGAAAUGUACUAUAUAUUUAUUGAACCUGAAUAUUGGAAUACAACAUUUCUCAGCUGAUAUCAUUGUUUUCCCCCUUUAGUCGUUUUAAGGCCUGGAUAGACUGAUCUAGUCAUGAGGUAAUAACGUUUAGUUUUCUUUUGUUAUUUUACCAGUGUAUUGUUGUUUCAGUGUCAGGGUUUCACAGUUAGCCAUCAUGUGAACUAGCUUAACUUCUGUAGCCACAAACUCUACAACAGGCAUUUAAAGAUUCAUAGAGUCAUAAAUUAAAAUAAGGUGGUAUUUUUAAGGUGGAAUUUUUUUAACGUGAUGGCUAUGCAUACAUAAUAUUUUUUAUUUAUACAGAGAUCGCUUGGCCUAUUUGAAUCAGUUGUGAUUAGUACUGUACAUACCACUUCUGGCAACAUUGUUUAGCAGACGCUUCAGAAAGAAGGAAAAAUUAGGACGUUUCUUCUUUUUGCAUUUUGGUGGCAGGAAAGUGCGAAAUAUUUAGAAGUAAAUAUUUCCUUUUAUUUUCAUCACUGUUAAAGGCUGAUUAUUACCGUGAUAACUGUGAAAUAUUUCGACUAGGUGAUCAUACACCCUGGCUUCAGUUCGGUACAUAUUGCUGGUCCUUUUUUUAGAGCGACUGUGAGCGAACAUUACCAUAUCAUUCGUACAUUCUAGUACAUCGUAGUGCAUUAUAGUGAAUGUCGCUGUUGCACGUGCAUACGCUCAGUGGUUCCAGGCCUUUGGUGCUUCUCCAUUUCCUCUCUCUCUCUCUGAUAUUCUAAUAACUCGUCACUACCUGUAGCACUGUACAUACAAGUAUGUAAGAAUGUAAAGACGUUUCAACCAUUUUCAACAGAAGUGUACUACUUCAAACUGACUGAAUACUGGAUGAGGAAUUUCAUGCACCGUAUUCCUUUGGUUGGUCGAAGUCAUGGGCGUAUUUCCCAGAACGUUUCUAAUAUUUUUAAACUAAUUGGUUUUGGUUUGCAGUGUUUUGUCGUCUGGCUGUUUUGCAAGGGUUGCUGGAAGCAGCGAUCUUUUAAAAAAAACACCUUUAAAUGAUACAGUUUGCCUGGGAUUUUUGUCUCUUAAUAUGUACCAAUAGCAAUCAGUAUUACUUAAUAACUAAACACCCAGCAGUUACAAUAAUGCAGAAGAGAGAAAAAAAAAAAACUGGCAAUGUUUACUGUUGUCUCUCAGUCUGUCCUGAAAAAUGUCUGAUUCAACUGAUUAACUCAACAAAAGAAAUUAGCGCCCACAAGGUGCUCAUUGUGUGUUUACAGAUUAUGGCACAAGCUUGUCAAGCACUAUGUGAAGACCAACUGUGUUAAGAACAGUGGUGCACUGGGGAUUUGUUUAGCAAAUGCUUAAUUAAAGCCCUUUCUUUACAUUUGUUCAAAUGCGGCUGUGGUUGAUGAAAUAAAAUGCCGAGGUCCUUCAAGAAUGAGGGCUGAAGACUAGAACCAUGUGUAUUAUGUGAAUAUACUGUGUAUGGUUCUCUGGUAUGUCCUAGUGAUCCUGUACUGAUCAUGUAUAAGCUAUUGGCCAUGUAUCAUACUAUUUAUUGUUUUUAUUGUUUCAGGAGAACUGCUGUUGUUUUUUUUUUUUCUUUCGAGAUUUUCAUUUUGUCAGUAAUUUAUAUCGUAAUUCUUUUGUAAAAUGUUGAAUGUGAUAGAUCAUUUUUAGACAGUUUGAUACUUGUUUUGCUAAAAUUGCAGCUUUAAUCUGGGUUCACUUUUUAAAAAAAACAAAACAACAACAACAAAAAAACAACAAAUUUCUAUGUUUGUAGAAAUUUUAGACAAAGGA